UAUCCCCCGGUCUACUAUUUACGACAAUAUAAAAAGGUUAAAAGUGCGUGGAAAUGUUGACCAUGCUAGAGGAAAUGCAGCAUACCUAUCAAGUAUAGGUAAUGACGUUUCAUAUAGAACAAUUGGAAGGUAUUUGGCUAUAAUAGGAUAUGUGAAAAAUGUUCCACGAAAGACCUCUAUGCUGACCAAUGACCAAAAAAGAAAGAGAGUAGAAUGGGCCCAAGCUCACCUUAAUGAUAAUUGGAACAGAACUUUUUUUACAGAUGAAUCAGCCUUUCAACUCUUUCGAAAUACGCUCAAGCAUUGGCAUAAAAAGGUCAACGGCCAAUUCAUCCAAUUCCUAAAGACCAUACUAAAAUUAAAUCUUGAUUUAAACGCUAUCAAAAAUUUGUGGUGCAUUGUAAAAAAUAAUGUGGAAAAAUGUAUGCCAUAUAAUUUGCAAGAAUUAGAGCGAUAUAUGAAAGAGGAAUGGAAUAAAAUUCCAAAUUCAGUUUUAGUUAGUUUAGUAGGAUCAAUGAGGCGACGAUGUGAAUUAGUAAUUGAAAAUAAUGGUGAACGAAUAUCAUUUUAA